GCUGAAUAAAAGAGGUAUGCUUGUUUUUUCUUUCUUAUCAGGGAGCUUGAAGAGAAAAGUCUGACAAGAUGUCGCAGGGCGGCGGUGCAUCGGGUGGUCCCAAGAAGGGCUUGACGCUCGAUGACCUCAUUGCGGCCAUUGACCAACAUGAAAGGAACCCGAGCAAUAUCACUAAAGUCGAUACCUUCCAUUUUUGUGGAGAGAGAGUCCCAGAGUGGCUGGAGCGGGUGGAACAAGCUUUGGUUGGGCGGUCGGACGUUGUAAAGUUCCAACGCAUUCUUCAGUAUGUCCUCCACAGCUACCACCAGGAAGUGAAGAAAGUCAUAGAUGCAGCCCAAGGUAGCUGGGAGAGGUUCAAGGAGGGGAUGCAGAGGAAAUACCGCCUGGGAGACGGGUUGUUGACUACCGCGGACCUUGAGGCAAUGAACAAAGAAGAUUUUACGACGAUAGGGGCCUUUGUUCAAGAAUUUAAGAAGAGGGCGCGGAAGGUCCAUGGGAUCUCGGAGGAAGCACAGUGCGCCAUUUUCCUAGGGUUACUCACGGCUUCGGAGGCCGUCGAGUUGACGAGACAUGGAGGGGGUAGCACCAAGCUCACCUGGGCCACCAUUGACAGAGGGGUGGAAGUUGGGUGUUUGGACCAAGUGGAGCAACGUCAGGUACGCCUGCAAAGGCAGAAGAGAAAGGAAAAAGAUGCGACCGCUUCUGGGACCCCGGGGGUAACAAGGAUUGUUACAUACGUAUUGGCACAGUUGGGCAGCGAUGGCAUUGCAGGAGGGCAUCGAGGGAUCCAAGCCACUUACGCCAAAAUAAGCGAGCUGUACUACUGGGAUGGGAUGAUGGACAUGGCCGGAAAAUUCUGUCGAUCCUGCGUACCCUGUCAGGAGAGAUCUAGUUUGAGGCAAGGAGAGCCGCUGCAUCCAAGGCUAGAGCAAGAGGUGGGGGUUGUGGUGCAUCUCGAUCUACUCUUUAUGCCGCUUGGGGAUCAGGGCUAUAACUACAUCUUCGAUGCGCGCGAUAACCUGUCUGGCUUUGUAGACGGGCAUGUUAUUCGCAUAAAGACCAGGUCAGUCCUGGUGAGCUGCAUCGAGGAGUAUUACCUGCGCUAUCCUUUCGUUAGGGAAUUCGUAAUGGACAGAGGAUCGGAGUUUACCUGCCAGGAGGUGCAAGAGCUGUUAUCAAGGUCUGACUUUACGAAGACAGCCAUGCCAAGAGGAGGGAAGGGGACACGGCCGCCUCAGAGGCCGCUGGGGGCAUCAGGAGGAUAUGAGCGGCAUGGGCCUCGCCAUCGAGAGAGUACCUCGGUGUACAAUGAUGGGGACAUCGAGCUAUUCCUGGAUAGUUUCUGGGAGCAUGCGAGGCACCUGGAAGAGCCAGCACUUGCAGAGCCGCGCCAGGAGCCGUGCCAACCCGAGAAGGAGAUGGAGGCAGAAAUCCCGAAGAGGGUCGACCUCCGCACGAGGGAAAGGGCGCCAGCUGGAGAGAUAGCAGAGGAAAAGAGAGCGAGAAGAACCAGGAGGAUAGAUGAGAUAUGGCAAGAGAGGCAGAGGUUGGAGGCGGCGGGGGAGCUUCCGACGCAGCAGCAGGAGAGGCAGAGAUCGGAGGCAGCAGGGACGCUCCCAGGUCAGCCACCCAGCGCACCAGCUAGGGCCCCGGAGAUCCCUGAGAUGUGGAGGGACUUCUGGGAGCAGAGAGGAGAGGAGCUUCCAUCGCCAGUCAGAGUCGGGUUUGGGGUAGCAAGAAAGGCGGAAGAGAGAUUGGAUCGAAAAAUCAAGUUUCUGGCGAAGACAACUUUUGGCCGGCACUGGUUAUUGGCGGGCGAUCUGGCAGGGAAGAAGAUAAAGGAAGCAAGCCAUGGAGUACGCCUGGAGGCUAUGGAGAUGGAAAUCCAGGAACUCAGGGCAUUGGUGACCAGUCAGGCAGCUAUCAUUGAGAGUCUGAGGCAACAAACCCAGGGAAAGGUGGACAAGCCAGGGAGCAGCAGGCAGGGAGAGCAGAGGCAUCCAGGACAUGGAUUACCAGGACAACCAUCUGCAGCAGAACCUCGCCAGGAGCCACCUAUGGGGAGAGUGAUCCUGGAGCCAGAGGAGGCGAGAGCCCAGAGGCAGGCGGAGAGAAAAGCGUUCGAGUUUAGAGCCCCUACCGAGCUCGCGACGCUGCCAGUGGCGGCAGCAGGCCGAGUCGUACCCUUGGCAGUAGAGGAGGGGCUGCCACCAUCUGGCAGUGAGCCGGCUCAAGGCUCAGCAGAGGGAUCCAUGGGUGUGCUCCUUGAGGCGGUGCAUACUAUGAAGGAGGAGGUGAGUUUGUUUUCACCCGAGCAGAGGAUAGAGGAGCCUCUUGAGAGAAAGAUGGGGAUUGAGGCGGAGGGUGUCAUCGAGGGCGGGCUCCAGAGGUUGGGCACACCUGAGUAUGGACCAGAGGAGAUUGAAGAGCAGCCCAUGACAGUGCCAGGAGAGACACUCGAGAGGAGACCUCAGAGGUUGGGCACGCCUGAGUACGUCCCAGCGACAGGGGAUUUGAGGAGUAGACUGGGAUCUUUGGCUACUAGAUCUGGGUCUGGGGGACCGGUUCCUGGUAUGGAGCAGCAGGAGGUCGUUCGUACCGCAACUCCUCGAUCAGAGCAGCAGGGGGUUGUCAGUACCUUGGUAGGAUCUCCUUCAUCGCCACCUCCUCAGCCCAGGAAGAAGAAGUUCAAGAGGAAGGUGGAUCAGCUAUGUUUCUACUGCAAGAGGGACGUGCAUCAUACUCUGGACUGUCUCGAGUUCCUUGAGGAUAAGGCAGAAGGAAAGGUCUCAGAGGCAGGGGGUAAGAUGUAUGAUAGAGAGGGUAGGAUAGUAAAGAAGUUCGCAGAUGGACUGAAGGCUCAGUUAUAUAGGCAAAAGCAGGAGGAGUUGAGGAGGUAGAGCCGGUUUGUCUAUGUAAGUGGGCGGGUAUCUUGUGAGGCAUCAGCUUAGGUUC